AUGAUUAAUUACUUUAGUGUUAUUCCCUUUCUUCUCAUUUUCCAGAUCUUAGCUUCCUCUGCUGAUCAAAAACAACUGCAGGUGUAUAUAGUGUACCUUGGAGAACAUAGUGGGACUAAAACUUCUCAAGAAAUUGAAGAAUUUUAUCAUUCUUAUUUAUAUUCUGUGAAGGGAACCAAAGAGGAAGCUAAAAACUGCUUAAUUUAUUGCUACAAGAGUGUCAUCAAUGGCUUCUCGGCAUUGCUCAGUCCAGAAGAAGCUUCCAAGCUAUCAGAGAUCGAUGGGGUGAUAUCAGUGUUCCAUAGCCACCCGACUAAAAUAGGGCUUCACACAACAAGAUCGUGGGAUUUUAUUAACUUACUCGAAGGAAUCGGAGAUUUAACCCCUCCCAAAGGAGAAGAAUUACUUCGCAAAGCAAGUUACGGGAAGAAUGUCAUUGUUGGGGUCUUGGACACUGGUGUAUGGCCGGAGUCGGAGAGUUUCAAUGAUAAUGGGAUGGAACCUAUUCCCAGGUCAUGGAAAGGAAAAUGCAAGAGUGGCGUUGGUUUUAAUACAUCUAAUUGUAAUAGAAAAUUAAUCGGAGCUCGAUACUACUUGAAGAGUUACGAGGCCAAUUUCGGUCCACUUGACCACAGAUUGGACUUCCGAUCUCCCAGGGACAAAAAUGGUCAUGGAACUCACACAUCCUCGACCAUUGGAGGCCGAAGAGUUCCUAAUGCUUCUUCCCUUGGUGGUUUUGCUAGCGGCACUGCCACUGGUGGAGCUCCGCUUGUGCGUCUGGCCAUGUACAAAGUAUGUUGGCCUAUUCCAGGCCUGACCGCAGCAGAGGGGAACACGUGCCUGGAUGACGACGUUCUUGCUGCUUUCGAUGAUGCAAUCAUGGAUGGCGUUCAUGUAAUUAGUGUUUCAAUGGGUGGAUCGACUAGUAGGCCAUACAUACAAGAUCCAAUUGCAAUUGGGGCGUUGCAUGCAGUGAAACGAAAUAUUGUAGUAGCAUGCAGUGCUGGAAAUUCGGGACCUUCCUCGUCUUCUAUAUCGAAUGUAGCCCCUUGGAUCAUUACAGUCGGUGCAAGUAGCCUAGAUCGGAUCUUUUCAUCUCCGAUUGUGCUUGGAAACGAUGUGAUAAUUGAGGGAGAAUCGAUAACUCCUUUUAAGAAUAUGACUUAUCCCCUUGUUUAUGCUGGAGAUGUCGAAAUCCCAGGGACAACCUCAAAUAACACAAACGGAUUCUGCCUACCUGGUACUCUUUCGUCAAAUAUCGUAAAGGGAAAAGCUGUUUUCUGCCGGAGAGGAGAGGUCUUUCAGUCAUUAGAGGUGCAAAGAGCAGGUGGUAUAGCAACUGUACUAGGAAACAGAUAUGAUGGACGAGGCGUAGUUAGCAAGCCUUACUUGAUUCCAGCAACUGUUGUUUUUGCUGAUAAAAGAAUCGACGUUUACAAUUACAUUGAAAGUAAUCAGAAUCCAAAUGUGACGUUGAUUCAACCAAAGACCGUUGUAGGCACUAAACCGGCUCCAUUCAUGGCUCCUUUCACCUCGAGAGGCCCUAAUGUUAUUGAACCUAACAUUCUUAAGCCUGAUAUUACUGCUCCAGGACUAAAUAUACUGGCAGCAUGGAGUGAGGAGGCUCCUCCCCUAAAUGUGCCUUCUGAUCAUCGAGUCGUUAAAUACAAAAUUGAUUCCGGGACAUCCAUGUCUUGCCCUCACGUUGCAGCUGUAGCCGCACUUCUUAAGGCAAUACAUCCUCGUUGGAGUAGUGCUGCUAUAAGAUCGGCUAUGAUGACAACUGCAAAAAUAACCAACAAUAUGGGCAAACCAAUAACAGACUCACUAGGAAAUAUUGCAAGUCCAUUCGAGUACGGGGCAGGCCAUGUCCAGCCAUCAAAAGCUGCUGAUCCGGGACUUGUUUACGAUGCUUCUUACAUGGACUAUCUAUUGUUCCUCUGCGGUAGCACUAGAUUUUUGCUCGAUCCUUUUGAGUGUCCUCGAGGUUUACCUUCGCCGAGUAAUCUUAACUAUCCAUCACUUGCGAUUGCUAACCUUAAAAAAGUGGUGACGGUCAAUAGAACCGUUACAAAUGUUGGCGCGGAAAACUCUUCAUAUUCAGCAAGAAUAAACCCCCCUCAGGGUUAUUCUAUAAAGAUCUCUCCCACAACUCUACAUUUUAGGGCAAUGGGGGAAAAGCGCAGCUUCAGCAUUACAGUUAAAGCUGAAAGUCCUGGGAAGAAAAAUGAGUUUGCAUUCGUCUCUGUUUCUUACAUAUCUUGGAACGAGUUAAAUUAUUGUAUUGUUAGCACUAGAUUUUUGCUCGAUCCUUUUGAGUGUCCUCGAGGUUUACCUUCGCCGAGUAAUCUUAACUAUCCAUCACUUGCGAUUGCUAACCUUAGAAAAGUGGUGACGGUCAAUAGAACCGUUACAAAUGUUGGCGCGGAAAACUCUUCAUAUUCUGCAAGAAUAAACCCCCCUCAGGGUUAUUCUAUAAAGAUCUCUCCCACAACUCUACAUUUUAGGGCAAUGGGGGAAAAGCGCAGCUUCAGCAUUACAGUUAAAGCUAAAAGUCCUGGGAAGAAAAAUGAGUUUGCAUUCGUCUCUGUUUCUUACAUAUCUUGGAACAAGUUAAAUUAUUGUAUUGUUAAGUACAGUGAACUCUUGACACAAUGA